CGCGUUUACCUGGAAUUCCUAAGGGAGUGUUACGUUUGGGUGUAUGCUACAGAGCCGAGCAAGGCAUUAACAAAGCGAUACAACUGUGUCCUUCUAUGAGUCUCUGGUUGAAGGAAAACAAAAAAGGGAAAGGGAAAUGAGCUGAAAUUCGGACAAAGUCAAACGGUAGUAGAAGAAAAGUCACGAAAACUUUUGUUUUCCUGAAGUUAGCUUAAGUUGCCGCGCAGUCGUUGACAAUGGGCUGUUGCAGCAGCACAGAGGGCAAGCGUGACUGGAAACCACUGGAGGACCGCAGCUGCACGGACAUCCCAUGGCUGAUUAUUUUCAGUUUGUUUGGCAUUGGGAUGCUGUGUAUAUGUGGCUUCUCCAUCGCCACAGGAGCUGCCUCUAGGCUUGUUUCAGGAUAUGACAGUUAUGGAAACACCUGUGGAAGGAAGAAUGUGCAGAUUGAGGGAGUUUCACUCAGUGGUCAGGACAUGACAGAAAACAAGUAUGUUUUCUUUUUAGAUCCUUGCAACCUUGACCUCAUUAACCGUAAGAUCAAGUCAAUCGCCCUGUGCGUCUCCAAAUGUCCAUCUACUGAGCUGAAGACCUACUAUGACUUAAAGCAGUUUGCCCUGAGUAAUGGAUCUCAUCUUUGCUCUUAUGACAUUACUCCUACAAGAUACCCAAACCAUCCAGAAAGAUUCACUAAAUGCCCUAAACUUCCUGUUCCACCAAGUAAACCAGUCCCAGUGUUUCACCGCUGUAUCCCUGUGGACGUUAGUUGCUAUGCCGAAUUCGCUCAGGCCUUCAUCACAUUUGUCGGUGACAACAGUGUAUUGCGGCGAGUCAUCGCAGGAGUGAUGGCCAGCAAAGAGAUCAUCAUGGGCCUUUGUGUGCUGGCUUUAGUUUUAUCCCUGAUCAUGAUGGUCGUCAUCCGUUACAUCUCCAGAGUUCUGGUGUGGAUCUUGACAAUUCUUGUAAUCAUUGGCUCUAUAGGUGGGACUGGCAUCCUCUGGUGGCUCUAUGUGGACCACCGGAAUGCUGCUAAAAACAACACUUUAUCAGUGUUUGGGAAAGAAGUGGCGUCAGACAAUGUGAAGGCUCUGCUGGUGUAUGCAAUUGGUGCUACAGUUUUCACAGUAGUCCUCCUGAUAGUGAUGUUUUUCAUGAGGAAGCGUGUGGCUCUCACCAUCUCCCUGUUCCAUGUGGCUGGUAAAGUGUUCAUCCACCUUCCUCUGCUGGCCCUGCAGCCUUUCUGGACCUUCCUCUGCCUUAUGCUCUUCUGGGUCUACUGGAUUGCCGUGCUCCUCUUCCUUGGGACAGCAGGAACACCAACAAAGAACAACUCGACUGGUGUGGUCGAGUACCAGAUUCAGGGGCCUCUUCAGUACAUGGUGUGGUAUCAUGCUGUGGGUCUCAUCUGGAUCAGCGAGUUUAUUCUUGCCUUCCAGCAGAUGACCAUCGCUGGAGCUGUGGUAACCUACUACUUCACAAGGAAUAAGUCCCAGAUGCCGAUGACUCCCAUCCUGUCCUCCAUGGCACGCACCAUCCGCUACCAUCUGGGGACUGUGGCCAAAGGCUCCUUCAUCAUCACGCUAGUUAAAAUCCCUCGCCUUAUCCUGACGUACAUCCAUAGCCAGCUCAAAGGAAAGGAGAACGCCUGUGCUCGUUGCAUGCUGAAAGCAUGUGUCUGUUGUUUGUGGUGUCUGGAAAAGUGUCUCGCAUACUUAAAUCAAAAUGCAUACACUGCUACAGCCAUCAACAGCACCAGUUUCUGCACCUCUGCCCGGGAGGCUUUCCUCAUCCUGGUAGAGAAUGCUCUCAGAGUGGCCGCCAUCAACACUGUGGGCGACUUUGUCCUCUUUUUGGGGAAGGUGCUCAUCGUUUCCUGCACAGCCUUUGCAGGCGUGCUGGCUUUGAACUACCAGAGGGACUACACUGUGUGGGUGCUACCUCUCCUCAUCGUUUGUCUGUUUGCCUACCUGGUGGCUCACUGCUUCCUGUCUGUCUUUGAGAACGUGGUCGACGUCCUUUUCCUUUGCUUUGCCGUGGAUACAAAGUAUAAUGACGGCAGCCCGGGACGCGAGUACUACAUGGACAAAGCUUUAAUGGAAUAUGUGGAGAACAGUAAGAAAGCGGGUCGUUCUAAGCCAGAAAAAGGAGAUGAACGGGAGAUGAAGUCUAUGGCACGUGGAGGGACCUUAGCUUGACCAAGCCUCAGAGAACUGAAAGCAUCUAAAAGCACACCAAAGUUUAUCUUAGAGUUUAUUGUGAUACCACUCAGUGCACAAACUGUAAGAUAACAGCAGACGCCAUCAUGAUGUACAUAUUUUUACAACAAAUGCAUCAAGCGGAAUUGUUCUUUUGUGUUGUUUUUGUUUUAUUUUUUGACUGCAAAGUUAACGUUAAUCCCUAGAAUCUGGUAAGACUUUUUAUGGUUUGUGUUUUUAGUGAAAUGGACUUGCUAGUUUUGUCUUUUUUUUUUCUUUAGAUAACUCAAAGUUUUUCUCUGUUAACACAUUUCAAAUGAUCCAAACAGUUAAACAUGCUCUACUGUAUUUGUCAAUAACUAGUAAGCUAGAGUCUGGUGUACAUUUUUGUCUUACAAAGCUGACUGUUUUUAACAGGCUGUUCAUGUUUUAUUACUUCUCAAAUUUUAUACUAAAAUCGUGAAAACA